AUGAACUCUCUUUUGAUGGAGAUGGAUCAAUAUUCAGCUCGUGUCGCCAAUGAGGAUUAGGCUCUUAUGAGUAGGAGAGGUGAUUAGGAAUAAAGAAAGGCCGAAUUUUUCCAACGCUGUUUAUAGGACCGGAAAAUUAACACAGAUCUUUCUCAAUCAGAAAAAUAUAUAUUUGGCGAUAAAGCCAUUUAUAUGGGCAAAAUGAAAUUAGAAUAGAGAUUGUAAGAUAUUGAUGAAGUAUUGCUACCUUUUGAUAAUAUUGAUUUGGAUGAAAAGGAGCGCAACGAAAAAAUGAAAGAAUUAUCGAAAUCUUCUUAAUCAGACAAUUAAAGAAUAGAUAUUAGUAAGAGAAACAAGAAGCUCCAAAAUUUUUGGUUAAUAUUAAGUCCAGACAGCUCUCUGAAAUUGUUGUGGGACUUUUUUUGUAUGAUUUUAAUUCUCUAUGAAAUCAUUACAAUACCAAUAAGAAUAAGUUUUGACAUUGAAGUAAGUGCUGAAUUUGGUUAUGUGAUAACAGCAGCAUUUCUAUUUGAUAUCAUCUUAACUUUUAACACAGCAGUCUAUUUGAAUGGAAAUAUCAAUUACACCUACAAGGCAAUAGCAUUCGACUAUUUCAAAUUGUGGUUUUGGAUAGAUGUUGUGGCAUCAUUUCCAUAUGACAUGGUAUUCAAUGCGGCAUUGAUAGGAGAAGCUGGAGAUGAAGUAAAUGAGUCAUCAGACAAUUUAAAGAAGAGCACUCAAAUUUUAAGAGUGUUGAAAUUCUUUCGAUUUGUUAAAGUCAUUCGUUUAUUAAGAUUGGCUAAAUUGAAGGCUAUAAUGGAUAAAAUAGAGGAUUAUUUUUCUGAUAGUUCUAUAAUUUAGACGAUAGGAAGCUUUCUUAAGCUCUGUGCUUUUGUGUUAUUUUGGUCUCAUUGGCUAGGGUGUAUUUUCCAUUUCAUUGGUCAAAGUGAGGAUACAUCGUACAAUUGGCUCUCAAUUUAUGGAUUGUAUGAUGAACCUUGGGAAAUUAGAUAUGUGAAUUCUGUCUAUUGGGCUGUAACAACCAUGAUUACUGUAGGUUAUGGCGAUCUCUCUCCGUAGACACCGUUAGAAAGACUAUUUGGAGUGUUCUUUCUUCUCAUUGCCUGUGGUGUAUUCUCAUUCACUAUGAACACCAUAGGAAAUACUAUGCAAUAACUAAGUUAGAAGUAAGAUUAAUAUCAGAAGAGGAUAUCUGAAAUAAAUAUCUACAUGGCGAAGGUCAAGAUUCCAAAGCAAUUAUAAAAUAAGGUUAGGAGGUAUUUAUAGUAUAUUUGGGAUUCUCAUCGGAGUACCAAUUUAGAAUCUAUUUGUUCAAGUCUCUCUUUAUCUCUAAAAUAUGAAUUUACAAUUUAAGUAAAUGGAACUAUAUUGGCUAGUUAUAAAUUGUUGUGUGAAACAUUUUCAAGGAAAUUAAUGAUUGAAUUAACAUAGAUUCUGAAGGAGUAAACGAUAUAGCCAGAUGAAUAUGUGUUUCUAGAAGAUGAACCUAAGAAUGAGUAAAUUCUCUAUUUCAUUUAAGAAGGUCAAAUAAACAUUGUGUUAAUUAAGACAAGACAAAUUGUGGCUAGAUUGAGUAAUAAGUAAAUCUUUGGUGAGAUCAGUUUCUUUGGGAAUAUAGGUCGAACAGCAUCUGCUAAAAGUAAUGGAUUCACUGAUGCCUUUGUGUUGAAAAGACAAGAUUUUGUGGCCUUAUUAGAUAAAUUCCCAGAUGAUCGAGAAAGAUUUAAUUUUAUAAAUGAAGAAGUCAAUAAACAAUAAUUGUAAGUAUUGAAUAUUCAUUGUUAUGCUUGUGAUUUACCAGGACAUGUUAUAAGAGAUUGUCCCUCAUUACAUUUUGUGGUUGAUUUAUAUGUGUAUUAAAAGACCAAAAUCAGAUGUAUCAAGGCAAUAAUGAAAGAUUUUGUAAGGAAAGAUCGAAUGAAUUAUAACGCUUUGAAAAACCGAUAAGAAUUAGAAAAAGUAGCUAAAAAUCUGUAGAUGAAUAUACCAACACAUAAAUUUUUGAUUGAAGAUUGCAAUGUGGAUGAUCAUUUAUCAUAGGCAGUGGAAGACUAAUCAAUAAAGAAGGGAUUUAAAUUAAAGUCCAAGUUUAAAGAAGAUAGGAAUAGGAGAAGAAAUUGGGAAUAGACAUUCAAGAAAUCUGCAUAAUAGAUGCAAUAGAUCUAGAUUAAACAAUCAGAGAUAUUUAGUAUCACUAAAAAUAUGUCUUAAGUUUUAUUAUCCUCACAUCCCAGUGGGGAAACUAGUUUAAGUCACAUCCCUAUUAAUUAGUUCAAAUCUCCAAAUUAGAGUUCGGAAGAUAGUGAUAGUGGAACUAUUCAAUAAAAGAUGGAAGACAUUAUGGCUGAUUAUUAGAUAUUCAAAUAAGAAGUGGAUAAGUACAAUGGGUGUCAUCAAUUGGAGAUUAAGAAAAGUUUUGUGUUGUUGAAUGAAUUCGAAAGUGGCUGUGAUUUCAAUAUAUUUUAUCCUCACAACAAUCUCUCUGUUGUGUUGAAAGAAUUUCACAGGUAUCAAUUAGGUAACUCUGUCAAACCUAAAAUUGAUACUGAAUACGAUACCAAUGUAUUUCAAGAAUACAUGGAAUAUUACGUUAUUGACAUUGAAGAUGUGAAAAGAUUUAAAUUGGAAGUGAAACCAUCUCAAAUCAAACAAUUUCUACCUUUCACAGAACUUCUUCAAUAGUCAUAUAAUCGUUAAAAAAAAAAGAAUUAUGGCUUGUUAAGACAACCAAAAAGAUCUUUUAAAUAAAUUGCUAGAGCUAUCAUUUUGGCAAGAAAAUUUAAGUGA